GGAGCAUUGAGAUCAAAGAAAUAUGCAAUAUUCAAUGUAAAGAUCAAAAAAAUUAUGUAGAGUCUAAUAUGAAGGCAAUGUUGAGAUCAAAGAAAGUAUAUGACACUCAAUGUAAAGGCAGAGUUGAGAUCAAGAAAAUACAUGAACCCAAUCUGAAGAGACAUGUUGAGAUCAAAGAAAUAUGUUGCACCCACCAUAAAGACAGUGUUAAAAUCAAAGUAUGUGGAACCCAAUGUGAAGACAGUGUUGAGGUAAAAGAAGAAUGUAGAACCAAUAUGAAAAAACAUUGA